GUGAUUGUCAUUUAUAUUGUUAUGGUAUUUCCAAAAGCUAACGCAAAUGCCUAAAACACACAUAGGCUUAAACUUUUCAUGUUAAUUAAUCAAUGGCCUUAUAAUUGUUGAAACAUGUCACUGCCGCGAAUAACGGACUAUGAAAUAUUGGAGAAACUUGGAGUGGGCAGCUAUGCGUCUGUCUACAAGGCACGCCAUAAAAAGGAACGCACUUAUCAUGCCAUCAAAUAUGUGGAAAUGUCUACUUUGUCUCAGAGCUCACGCGACAAUUUAAUAACCGAAAUUCGCCUGCUCCGAGAUCUGAAGCACAAGUACAUUGUGACGCUUCAGGACUUUUUCUGGGAUGACAAGAACAUUUACAUUGUAUUGGAAUAUUGUAAUGCUGGCAAUUUAUCUGCCUUCAUACGCACCAAGAAAGCGCUCCCAGAGUCAACAUGUCGAUAUUUUCUGCGGCAAUUAGCUGCUGCGGUUCAGUAUAUGCGGGCCAACGAUGUUUCACAUUUUGAUCUGAAACCACAGAAUUUACUGCUCACGCGCAGUUUUAAUAAUGUCUCUCUAAAGGUUGCGGACUUUGGAUUUGCGCAACACCUGAAACUAGGCGAAAUCAAUCAGCAGCUGAAAGGCUCGCCGCUCUACAUGGCCCCGGAGAUUGUGCGAAAACAUCAGUACGAUGCCAAGGCCGAUCUCUGGAGCGUCGGGGUAAUACUGUAUGAAUGCCUGUUCGGAAAAGCGCCCUAUAGCUCGCGCACUAUUGAGGAGCUGUUACUGCGCAUUCGCAAGGCCGAGCCAAUUGUGCUGCCACCAAAUGCGCGCAUCAGCAAUGAAUGCCACGAUUUGUUGCGUCGUCUUCUGGCUCAUGAGCCGGCGAAGCGCAUCUCCUUUGCGGAUUUCUUUGCACAUCCCUUUUUAGAUCUCAAAACUUUUCCCUCGGAGCAGACACUGAAAAAGGCCAUUGACUUGGUGACUCAGGCGGUGGAGCAUGAUGAGAAACGUAGUUAUAAGGAGGCUUACUAUUUGUACUGCAGCGCAUUACAAUAUUUUGUGCCGCUCAUAACCGAGGAAUCGGAUGCCAGCCGGCGGCAGGAGCUACGUAAUCGGGCUUUAGCCUACAUGAAGCGCGCGGAGGAGAUCAAAAAUGUUAUCAUUGAGGACGAAUACAAGCUGCUGGCACAACGGCAGCAGACACCAGUAUCGCAACGCUCUGAAAAAGGGAUCCCUGCUACAACUGCUGAGGCUACGAAUCAAGCACAGCCAAGCACGUCGCGCAUGAUGGAAAUGCUUGAGCCGGAUGCGCGCUAUAAACAGCUUUUUACUCUAUCGGGCUCGAGUCCUGCUAUGAAGACAGGCCUGGAAAUUGGGCGGCAGGGUGAGCUGUAUCUGUACGAGCGCAAGCUGGACGCUGCCUUGGAGUCGUAUACCUCUGCUUUGGGUAUUCUGGUACCAUUUGUUAACAACGAGCCAAGGGGCGAGCGACGAAAUCUGCUGCUGCAACAACUGGAGUUCUGGAUCAAGGAGGCCGAGAGCAUUAAAAGUAUUUUGAGCGCCAAGCAUUUGGAUGAAGAGGAACAAAAGAUGUCCACGUUUCACAUUCCAGCAAUAUUGCCAAGUUUGCUCUGGGACUUCAAGCCACACGUUUAUUUGUUUUUCUGCAUUGUGAUUACUUUAAUUAAAAUGGUUUAGUCAAAGAUUCACAUCAAAUAUAUACACAAAAAUAUUGAGAAA